UGUUGUUUUUCGUUUCGGGUAUGUCGUGCACGUUCUUUACAUAAAAAUUACGAUCGCGAGUGUGUCUGGGUUUGAGGCUUCGUAUAAAUACAUCUAUAUCCUGAAAAUUACCGGCAGUCAUUGCGAGAGUUUUGUGAUGAGGAGUUUGUCGCCCAACGAGGGCAAAGUUUAAGAACGUUCACUUGAGCCGAGAAUGCCGGUGAAAGUUGACGUAGUACCACCACCACCCGCAAACUCAAAGCAGCCGGGUGUCACAAAAUCUUUAUUAUACAACGGCUCACGAUUUCAAGGUUCCCAAAAGUCUAAAGGCAACAGUUACGACGUAGAAGUAGUUUUACAGCACGUAGACGAAGAGAAUAGUUAUUUAUGUGGCUAUCUUAAAAUUAAGGGUUUAACAGAAGAAUUUCCAACUUUGACUACAUUUUUCGACGGUGAAAUUAUAUCUAAGAAGUAUCCCUUUUUAACUCGAAAAUGGGAUGCAGACGAGGAUGUUGAUAAAAAACAUUGGAGCAAAUUUGAAUCUUUUUGUCAAUAUGCCAAAAGUUUCAAUUCAGAUACAUUCGAUUAUGAAGCUCUGAAGGGAACAGAUUUUGUUUUUAUGAGGUGGAAGGAACACUUUCUAGUUCCUGAUCAUACCAUUAAGGAUAUCAAUGGUGCCUCAUUUGCAGGAUUUUAUUACAUUUGCUUCCAAAAAUCUGCUGCCACGAUUGAAGGUUUUUAUUAUCAUCGCAGUUCUGAAUGGUAUCAGUCGCUGAAUCUGAAACAUGUUCCAGAACAUAGUAUACAGAUAUAUGAAUUCAGGUGAAAUCAAUAAUUGUCGGUCGGUUAUCUCUCUAAAUUCAUAUUUCACCUCUCCUAGCAUACAGAUCUCAUAAAAAUCAUAAUCCCUGAAUUAGUUUAAUUCGAUUCGAGUAAAUGUCUUUUUAAAUUAUUUACUUUAAAAGUGAGGUACUCAAGAGAACUACCCACUUGAACAAAGUAUUUCAUAGUUUUUUUUUUAACGCUAUUACACAAUGUAUGGUAUAACUUGAUUUUCAUAUAUACAUAUAUAUAUUAUUAUAUAUAUAUAUAUACAU